AACACCAUCAGCGCUCUCUCUCGACCGGGCACCGUAAUAGAGGACGUUGGAGUCACUGUGAAGGGAGAAUUCACCAAAUCACAAAAUAAGAUAACCAAUUGCAAGUUUCACGAUGUUUUCCCGUGUUGCAAGACCUGCUUUUAACAUCACCCGGAGCCUAUCCACCUCCUCGCAGAACAAUGCCAAAGUGGCGGUGCUGGGUGCGGCCGGGGGCAUCGGCCAGCCCCUGUCCCUGCUGCUGAAGAACAGCCCGCUGGUCAGCCAGCUCUCCCUCUACGACAUCGCUCACACUCCAGGAGUGGCCGCCGACCUCAGCCACAUCGAGACCCGGGCCCACGUCACGGGUCACAUCGGCCCAGACCAGCUGGGCGACGCCCUUAAAGGCACCGAUAUUGUCGUCAUCCCUGCCGGUGUUCCCAGGAAACCAGGCAUGACCCGUGAUGACCUCUUCAACACCAACGCCACCAUCGUGGCCAUCCUGGCCGACGCCUGUGCCCGCCACUGCCCAGAGGCCAUGAUCUGUGUGAUCGCCAAUCCAGUGAACUCCACAAUCCCCAUCACAUCAGAGGUCUUGAAGAAGCAUGGUGUUUACAACCCCAACAGAGUGUUUGGAGUCACAACAUUGGACAUUGUCCGUGCAAACACCUUCGUUGCUGAGCUGAAGGGUCUGGAUCCUGCACGGGUAAAUGUGCCAGUGGUUGGAGGUCAUGCUGGAAAGACCAUCAUCCCUCUCAUUUCACAGUGCACGCCCAAAGUGGAGUUCCCGGAGGACAAGCUCGCUGCCCUGACAGGACGCAUCCAGGAGGCCGGCACUGAGGUGGUGAAGGCCAAGGCAGGGGCAGGUUCCGCCACGCUGUCCAUGGCCUACGCGGGGGCCCGGUUCACCUUCUCCCUGCUGGAUGCCAUGAACGGCAAGGAGGGCGUGGUGGAGUGCUCCUUCGUUCGGUCCGAGGAGACCGAGUGCAAAUAUUUCUCCACCCCUCUCCUCCUUGGGAAAAACGGCAUUGAGAAGAAUCUGGGUCUUGGCAAGCUUUCGGCCUUCGAGGAGAAGCUUGUGGCCGACGCCAUUGCCGAACUGAAGGGCUCCAUCAAGAAAGGGGAGGACUUUGUACAGAACAUGAAAUGAGAAGGCUGACGCAGCCAAAUUAAGACCUCAUUAAUUUAUGUCAUGUUACUUGCUUGGCACCAAGCUCCUCCCACAAUUCAACUCCGAAUCAUGACAUCUGACAGCACUUGUAGGUCUUUGUUACUGUCCAGAAAUGUAAAUGAUAUCACAAAUAAACCGUCUAUGUUUUA